UGAACCACGUCCGCGCGCUAAGUUCUUGCGGCAGUAUUUUGUCACACAUUCGCGGGAGAACAGCCUUGCAAAGUUUUGUCAGCAGCUAUUUAAUUUUAUGGCAUUUAUUUGAGGUACUUGGCAUGCGGUAGUUGCGUGUUAUAAGUACAACCUUCACAGUUUGUUGGCUGCACACUACUAGACAGUUUCCUAGCUAGCUAGACAGCUAACAACAACUGGCAAACUUUUUGCAAGAGGUCUCUCGUUUUGACCCAAAGUAUCUAAUAUGGCAACUAUGUGUCACUCAAGACGUGCCCUGAUGGAAAUCCCAGCUCCACAGCCGAAAAUUGCAGCUCGAAUGAGAAGGUCCUACCUGGAGGUUCUAAGUUCACGCAUAGCUCCAUUCUCAACCACCUCUAGAGGCAGAAACCUGACCAGCAACUCAAAACUGGGCCCAGCCAUAUACAGAACAGGGAGUAGUCGGAGUGAGGCCCAAAGUGAGAGAAUGGAAGACAACCAGACACCCCUGUCCAACCAGCAGCUUGUGCAGCUCAUAAGAUCUUUCAUCCUAGUAGAACAGGGGCAGAGGCUGGAGCCCAGAGCCCCCACUACAGACCUGAAGCCUUUACAGGAGGACUUGCACCUGAAGAAGACCAAUGUCUACAGAUCUAUACCCUACUCACGCCUGGGGUCCAACAGAGACGCGCACUGUUACAGAAAGGCAUAUCCACACCUGGUGGUGUUUAAAGUUUCCUGCCAGGAGUGGGGUCAGCUGCUGCUGCAGAACGAGGAGUGGGAGUCUGCUCUGGAGCACUCCCUAGUGGCGUGGAGGUACACCAGUGAGCUGCCACAGUGGGACACCAGCAGCCACAACUUGGUGAGGGAACAGUGUUACAGCAUGCUGGCAGCACACUGCAUCACAGCUCUACAGCACUACUGCCCAGACCCCAGCAAAGCCAUAGAGCUGCACAGGAGGUUUAAAAUGGCACAGCUGCACAGUCAGUUGAUCUCUCCUUGUAUUCAGGAGCUGGAGAGAAGCCUCGGCAAAGCACAGGUUUGUUCCAUGAACACCCGCUGAAAUGGCCAACACUAAGAUCAGCUGACAACCAUCAGCAUGGCUUCCAAGUCUAGGGGGUUGCACUAUUGAACAGCGUCUAUCAGUGGUUGCCAUUCAACUAUGUUUGGUAUCCUUGCCUUGUGUUGCGCUAUUCCCCCAUGCCUUGUGUUGCGCUAUUCCCUCUUGCCUUGUGUUGCGCUAUUCCCUCUUGCCUUGUGUUGCGCUAUUCCCCCUUGCCUUGCCUACAGUAUUCCCUACAGUAAAUACAAGAAAGCUUUGAUGCAUUUUGGUAUGCUGUUUUUUUAAAUAUGAAUUUAAGCUUUUUGUAUUUAAGUUGUUUUGUAAAAUGUGUUUAUUGCCAUUGAACUAUUGAAUGUUAUCAUAAGGAAAUUAUGAAAUGGCCUUUAAAAUGUGAAAUGCUGUCAGAGAAAUUAUGAACUGUCCUUUUCACCAAGAUGUUUUAUAUGUGGGGGAUGUUUUUGUGGAUGUGUUGAAAAAUGGCAAGAUACAUGAAACAGCUGCCUUAUUUCAACUUGGCUGAAUGCUACCUGUUUUGUAAAUAUUUGUCUAAAGUAACUGUUUUGCACUGUUUUCUUCAUCCUGGAAACUUGACAUUUUGAUAAAAAUAGAAUCUAACUUAAUAAAAUUCUACU